AGGCAGGUCGCUGGCGGAUGUAGCGAGGUGGGGUUCGCUGUUUGUUUCUUUGUGUUUUGUAGCGCUUAUUUUGGGGUUAGACGUCUUCCAGCUUACCUCAUCAUACACGCUUCUGGACUGGUAAUCGAAGAGGUGGGAAUGUAUCUCCUGUGCGAUGGACAGGGCCCGGCCGUCCAAUGACAGCGACUCUCGGCAGCAGCACGAGCGGCCGGCGCCGGCGCGCAUCAAGGACACGGCGCGCAAGGAGGCCGGCGCCAGCAGCAUCCCCGUGCGCCACGGCGGCCAGAACGGCGCCAUGAGCAAGCCGCGCUCCGCCAGCGGCCGCACGUCGGCCAAGGCGGCGCUCAAGGAGCCGCCCGACCCGGGGCCGUCGGCGGCCGUGCGCGCCCUCCGCGAGCGCACCGAGAUGGGCUCUAACAGCAGCCUGAACGCCGCCGGCGCGCCGGCCAAAAAGGACCGGCUGCGCUCGCGCAAAAGCACGACGCCGCAGCCGGAAUCGAAGAUGCGGCCGGCGCUCAAGAAACGCUCAUUCAGUGUGGAGGUGUCCGCGGGCGGCGGAAGCCAGAGACGUGCGUCGCCGCAUGAGCCUGUCAACGGCGACGGCGCGUCGGCCGGCGCUGGCCACAGUCACAGUCACAGCCACGUGCACAGCCACGGCGGGGGCGGGAGCGGUGGUGGGGGCGGCAAGACUCCUGUGCGUCUCUCUGCCGUGCGACACCGCGACCGUAACCGGCUCGACGGUGGCAAAGUGUCGUUCUCGCCGCAGAUCGAGUGGCUGGCGCCGGGCGAGGAGAUUGCCGAAAAGGCCGACACAGAGACGGUCAAAGAGUCGGCGCAGCCGGGUGCCGAGUCGCGCCGGCAGGCAGCCAGCAUGCGCAAACUCGAGGAGGAGAACGAGUCGCUGCGGCGCGCGAUCGAGAACUAUCGCGAGCGCGAGCGGUCGGCGCGUGGCAGUGUGGACGGACCGGGCGGCCGGCCGUCACCGGCGCAGACCACCGAGAGCCAGGACGGGCCCGAGGACCCUGAGGAGGACGAGGUCGAAAAGGCCGUGGAGGCGUCGCCCAACGGUCGCUUCCUCAAGUUCGACGAGGAGAUUGGCAGAGGCAGUUUCAAGACGGUCUACAAGGGUCUGGAUACGACGACGGGCGUGUUCGUGGCCUGGUGCGAGCUGCAGAUGAGCGGCAACCGACUGAGUAAGAAGGAGCGCGACCGGUUCCGGGAGGAGGCCGACCUGAUGAAGGGCCUCACGCACCCCAACAUCGUCCGCUUCUUCGAGUACUGGGAGGUGGACAAGAUCCGCCGCCGGUGCAUCGUGCUCGUCACCGAGCUCAUGACCUCCGGGACGCUCCGAACAUACCUGAAGAACUUUGGUCAGAAGAAGGUGUCUCCGAAGAUUAUCAGCUCGUGGUGCCGUCAGAUCCUGAAGGGCCUUCAGUUCCUGCACUCUCGAAACCCGCCCAUCAUUCACCGCGAUCUGAAGUGUGAUAACAUCUUCAUAUCGGGCACCACCGGCCAGGUCAAGGUCGGCGACCUCGGUCUGGCCACACUGAAGAACCGCUCGUUCGCCAAGUCGGUGAUAGGCACGCCCGAGUUCAUGGCGCCCGAGGUGUACGAGGAGCACUAUGACGAGGCCGUGGACGUGUACGCCUUCGGCAUGUGCAUGCUGGAGAUGGUGACGUCCGAGUACCCGUACUCCGAGUGUACCGGCCCGGCACAGAUCUACAAGAAGGUCAUCACGGGCAUCAAGCCGUCCAGCUUCGACAAGAUCGACGACUCCCAGAUGCGCGACAUUAUCGAGUGGUGCACGCGGCUCAACAAGACUGAGCGGCCCACUGUCAAACAGCUGCUGAACCACGAGUUUUUCGCCGAGGACUGCGGCAUGCGCCUGGACGUGGCCAACCGGGAGGAGAGCAUCAGCUCGGACGGCAGCGUGGUCGAGUUGCGACUCCGGGUGCUGGACGCCAAGAAGCGGCGCGACAAACACAAGGAGAACGAGGCCAUCCAGUUUAACUACAACCUCAACAAGGACAACCCGGAGGAGAUCGCCAAACACAUGGUGAUGUCCGGCAUCCUCACGGAGGAGGACGCCCGCUCUGUGGCCAAGCUGAUCAGUAACCAGAUCCAGAGUCUGCGCCGCGCCCGCGAGGAGAAGCGCCGCGAGCACGGCAGCGCUCCGGCCGGCAGCGCCGCGUCCGGACAGCCGGCCGGCUCCGCUCCGCCGGCCCAGCAGCAGCCAGCGCAGACAGCCGAGACUCAGCAGCAGCCCCAGCAGCAGCAGCAGCAGCAGCACCCCCAGCAACCACAGCAGCAGCUGCCGCACCCCGAGCAGCCGCCGCAGUCGGCGCAGCAGCAGCAGCCGCAGCACGCACACUCGCAGCAGUGUCCGCCCACGCAGCAGCUUCACCCGGAGCCGCUGCAGCAGGCGCACUCGCAGCCGCUCCCGGCCGCCCAGCUGCCGCCGGCGCAGCCGCAGCAGCAGCCGGCGGCGCCGCAGUCUCAGCAGCUGCCGCAGCCGCAGCAGCAGACCCAGCCGCCGCCGCCGCAGCCGGCGCCGCUGGUGCAGCACCAGGCGUCCCAGCCACCGCCGGCCGCGGCUCCCCUGGCGGCGGCCGCGGCCGACGAGAAGAGCGCCUCGGCGCCGCAGCUGCUGCAGGCCGGCGACGUGCCGCCCCGGACACAGCUCAACCCGGCCACAGCAGACGUUACGGCCGAGAGCUCGCAGCCGACCAGCGAGGGCGAGGCGGCGUCAGCUGCCGCCGAAAAGCGAGAGAAGCGCAAACCGUCGCGGCGGCGCAAAACGGGCGAGCGCCUGCCCCGCCUCACGGUGCUCGAGGUGAAGAGCAGCGACAACGGUCCGGUAGUCUCCUGUCUGCUGGAGACCAACCAGUCGCAGGCCAUCACCUUUAAGUUCGACCUGCGCGAGGCAGACGUCUCGGCCAUCUCUUACAAAAUGACGGAGGCACAUCUGCUGCCCAGGGACGACGCCCAGUACUUCGGCGAGCAGCUGCGCGCCAUCAUCCGCCAGCACCUGCUGCUCGAGUCGACGGGCAGCCUGGGCGCGCCGGCCGCCGCCGGCUCCCUCCACCGGCGCCAGCCCUCCUUCGACGACGAGCAGAGAGAGGAGCCGCCUGCGCGCCCGGCGGGUGGCGCCCGGCCGGCGCCCGCCGAGCCGCCCUGGCAGCCGCCGCCGGCCGCCGCGCCCGCUCCGGCCGCGCCGCCGGCGGCGGCGGCGGCGGCUGCGGUGCCGUACCUGUCGGUGCCGGGCGGCUCGUACCCGGUGCUGCUGCAGGGCGAGCACGGCCUGCAGAUCGUCUCGCUGACGCCGCAGCAGCUGACGGCACUGCUGCAGCACUCGGCCGCCGCGGCUGCCGCCUACCCGGCCGAGACGGCCCAGGUGGGGGACCCGCACCGGCCGCACCCGCUCCCGCAGUCCCACCCGGUCCACCCGGCGUCCUUCUCGGCCCACCCGGCGGCGCCGGCCGCCGAGCCGCUGCACCCGGCCGGCAGCGCGGCGCACCCCUCGUACGCCGCCCAGUUGUCGGCGCCAGCGCACCUGGCCGGCCACUCGCACCCCGCUCCGACCUCCUCCGCCGGCCCGUUCCACCCGCCGGCCGCCACCUCUGCCGCGCCCCAGCCGGCGGCGCCGGCCCUGGCGGCCUCCCUGCCCUCUGUCCACCAGCUGGCCGUGUCCGGCUCUGCCCCGGCCUCUGGCCCGGCAUCCGUUUCCGGCAUAGCACAUAUCCCGGCUCCCGCGGGCGCCUCUGCACCCAUGGGCGUCCCGGCGCCGGGCGCGCCGCUGUCGGGCCCUCCGCAGAUGCCGGCGCCGGUGUCGGUGGCUCUGGGCUCGGCGGCCGCUCAGCUGGCGGCUCCCGGCCUCUCGCUGGAGGCGUUCCCGCCGCUGCCGCCGCUGGCCACGGCCACCGUGCGGCCGCCGCCGCUGGCAGCGCCGACUCUGCCGCCCGGCCACCUGCCGCAGCCGGCAGCGGCGCCCGGCCUUCCGGCGCAGCCGGGCCACUACCCUGAGCCGUCUGCCUGGCCGGCUCACCACCCGCCGCCCGUCUCCCAGCCGCUGGUGUCACAGCCUGCAGCGUCCCUCCCUCCGACGUUCCAGCCGGCAGUGUCCGCGGCUGCCGUGUCACACGCGCCGGUACCCCAGACCCCGGCGUCCCAGCCUCCGACCUCUCACCCGUCCGUGUCCCAGGCUCCGGCCUCCAGACCGGUGGUGUCCAAACCGCCCGUGUCCCAGACGCAUAAACCCAGACCGCCGGCUUCCAAAGCCUCAGGUUCCGGACACCCAGUGUCCCAAGCUGCGGGUGCCAGGCCGGCAGUAUCCCAGGCCCCGGCGUCCCAGCCGCAGGCUCCGCCGCCCGGCUCGUCCCACCAGCCGGCGGUGUCCCAGCAGGUUCCCAUGUCCCAGCCGGCGGUGUCCGUCAGUCAGCCGGCGGUGUCCUACCAACCGGCCGCUGCGUCCCACCCGGCUCCCAGCGCCCACCAGCCGCCCACCUCCUACUACACGGUGGCCUCGCAGCAGCCGACGGUCCUCUACCAGCCGGCCACCGCCCAGCCGGCGGCCGCGCUGCACCCGACACCGUCGCAGCCGCCGGCCGCGCUGCACCACACCGUGUCCAAUCCGGCAUUAUCUCUGUACCAGGCCGUGCCACAACCGCCGGCCUCUCUCCAGCAAACCAUGUCCCAGCCGGCAGUGUCUCUGUACCAGGGCGUGCCCCACCCGCCGGUAUCCAUCCAACAGAUUCUAUCCCAGCCGACAGUAUCUCUUGUCCAGACCGGGCUCCAGCCGCCAGCGUCUCUCCACCAGUCUUUGUCCCAGCCAGCAGUGUCUAUUCUGCAGACCGUAUCCCAGCCAGCCCCGCACUACCAGACCCCGUCCCAGCCGCUCCCCGUCCAGCCGCCACCAGUGUCGGGUCCUGCCAGCGUCCCCCCGCCGGUGUCCGCGGUCCUGCCGGCCGCCUUGCAGCCGCCGGCGUCGACUCUGUCCAGCGCCGUCCAGCAGCCGCCGCAGCCGCAGCAGCCAGCGUCCGUCUACAGCGCCGCCGCCGCGAGUGUUGUGACGCCGGCGGCCGCCCCCGCCCCCGCCGCGGCCGAGGCGCCCAAGAGGCUGUCCCGGUUCGUGGUCAGCUCUGUGGCGCAGACGGCGGCGCCUACCAGCCCCGUGUCCACGCCGCACUCGCCCAGCGCCGAGACUCAGCCGUCUGCGUCUGCGGUGUUCACGGCGGCCGGCCUGUCGGAGGCUGCCGUCAGCGCCGCGCCGCCCGCCGCGCCGGCGCCCGUGGUGGCCGGCCGGUUCUCCAUCACGGUGGCGUCGUCGGGCGCGCCGGCCGCGGCCGUCACACAGACGGUGGGCGUGACGCGGGCGCCCAUCAGCCACCCGGCGCCGGCGGCCGAGGCGCAGACCGUCCCCGCGGCCGCGCCGGUCCCGACGGCAGCGGCCGGGGCGCAGACUGCCGCGGUCCCGACGGCCGCGGCCGCGGCGCCCACCCCCAGCGCCGCGCUCGACGAGCUGACGGUGGCCGGCGCGUCCCCGGAGCUGUCCUUCUCGCCGCAGAACACUGAGCAUAGUGGUGUGGGGAACCUGGAGGAGCUCCGGAAGCAGCUGGUGCGCCUGACGGCCGCCUCGGAGGGCUCGUUCGAGGCCGCCUCGCAGCCGUCGACGCCCGUGUUCUCUGCCGUGCCGGCGGCCGAUGUGGCCGCCGAGGUGAACCGCCGGCUGGCCAGCAUCACGGCCGCGCAGACGGACUCGCUGGCUCCCUCCGGCUCCGGCUCCGGCUCCGGCGGCUCCCGCGGCGGCUCCCUGCGCCCGUGGAGCUGGCACUGCGACGACCCCGCCGCCGCCGCCGCCGCUGCCGCCGGCGGGGGCGGGGUAGGGGGCGUGGCCCCGUCCCCGCCGGCGGUGCUGCUGUUCGCGCCGCCCGCACCGGUCCCCCUCGCUGCGGGGUCCGCAGCGAGAGCCGGCGACCCGGACCCGGCGGCCGCCAGGGCCGCCCCGGAGAGCUCCGGCGCCCAGCAGCUCAUCUCCGUACAGCCGUCGUCCGUGCUGGACGUGCCUCGCUCGCCUAGCGUGCUUGUGACGCCGCCCACUCCGCGGCGCGUGGUCGUCCAGAGCACCUCGGACGUCUCGCGCUCUGCGAGCAGCUCCGAGACCACGGAGCGGGGCAGGAAGGCCACGCCGCUGCUGCUGGCAGACCUGGACAAGGAGCUGCAGAAGCUGCACAGCGGCAAAAACCAGCUGCCAGCGGAUGAAAAUUUGCACCACGUGGCGUCGACGCCGAUGCUGUCGACGCACGACGAGGCGACGCAGUCUGAGAACGGCGUCAUCUCGCAGUGGGAGACGGUGGGCCCAAUCGACACGACGCACACGCAGCCCAUCCAGAGCGUCUGCUUCCACACCGGCAGCGGCGCCAGCACACCGUCCACGGACCCGGGCACGCCGGUGCGGAAGGGCCGGUUCGCCAUCACCGUCAGCCGCCAGGCGGCGCCGUCGCCCCCGCCGCCGGCCGCGGCCGCCGCCGCGCCGCCCUCUCCGGCCGCCGAGCCGCUCGACGUCGAGACGUCGGCCAUCUUCAUCGAGCUGCUGGCCAAGCAGCGGCUGGACAUGGAGGAGCUGCAGCGGCAGCAGGUGGCCGAGCGCGAGCGGCUGCGGCACGAGCUGCUGGAGCGGCUGCGGCACGAGCAGGCGGCCGCCGCGCACCAGCCGCCGCCGCCGCCCGACGGCUGAGUCGCCGCCGGACGCGCACUGCACACUAGUUCUGUUUGUUUUCUAUCUCAGGGUAUUGUGGAACUUGUUAGUGUGGGCUGCGCCGGGCUCGGCCGUCGUCCGCCGCGCCUUGUUACAGGUAGAUAGUUUCCAACCACUUAACUAUCGUGCUUUCAUUGUUUUCGCGCUCGGCCUGGUCGGGCGCCGGGACGGCUCGCUCUCGACUCGCUGGCGGGCCCAUUUUACCGGGGAGACGCGCGGCGGCUCGGCGCACGCACGCGCAGUAUAUCAUUGUUGGCUGGGCGGCCCGAGGCUGAGCGGCUGGCGGAGGACGUUUUAUACACACACACACACGCACCCGCCCGCCCGCGGUGGGAGGGUGGCCGGCUGCGGGCCGAUUUGUACGGCGGGCCGGCGCCGCUGUGAUGACCGGCCGGCGGAGGCAAUUUCAGACCAGCCGCCGCCGGCCCGACCGCGGCACUUGGUGCGACUUGUGCGUGUGUGAGAGAGAGAGAUCAACUAAUUGCGUAUAUGAUUUCUUCGAGCUGUGUAUCCAAUUGCCAUAUAUGGAGACGAUAUGAACGAAUACAAUAUCCUAGGUAUGGAGCGUC